AUGGAAGGUGUUCUUUACUUUAAGCCUCAUUUUGAGCAGCUCUUCAAAGAGCACGGCAACUUCAGCAAGAAUUUUCAGUCACCUUCCGCCACCGUCUUCGCUCCCUCCGACUCCUCUUUCAAGAAAUCCGGUCAGCCGUCACUCGACCUACUGCGGUACCACUUAGUUAUGCUGCCGCUGCCGAUUCAGAGCUUCCGGCGACUUCCUGCUGGUGCGAAGCUUCCGACUAUGCUCCCCGGUCAGUCUCUCACCGUCACUACAUCAACCUCCGAUAAUGCUAUCUCGCUUAACAAUAUCAAAAUCAAUGAAUUACCGAUCUACGAUGAUGGAGUUCUUUUGGUUUAUGGUAUCGAUAGGUUCUUCGAUCCUAGUUUCCAGUAUCAGAGACCUAAUUCAAAUUCGAAUCUGAAUCCAUCGUGUUCAGCGGUUAAUCGCACUGUGAACUCCUCCGAUUCGUUCGAUCAAGAGAUUCAGAUGCUGAAAACUAGCGGAUACUCAGUUAUGGCGUCUUUUCUCGGAAUGCAGCUCUCCGGUGAUAUAAGCCAGAAUGGAAUCACGGUGUUUGCUCUGGCGGAUGAGAAUGUGAUAAACCGUUUAGGUGUUUUCGAUGACUAUCCUUCAGUUUUCCGUCGCCACGUGGUGCCUUGCAAGUUUCUGUGGAACAAGCUGGUUGAUUUUGUUGACGGUACUGAAUUGCCAAUCAACCUUAAGUGA